GCAUUAUGACCAAUAUUGCCAUGAUCUGAAACCGUUGUGCACGGUUUCAGCGAUAGCGAUCCGUCUUGACAUGCUGUCAGUUUCGAAUAAAAAGGAAUGCGCAGCUCGCGCUGCGCAUGAUUUAGCGUCCAAGCUCCAACUAAACACAUCGUGUUCAUUUAAUAUAUUUGAAAGAACAUAACAUGGCGAUCCUGCCAGGAGCAACAGCAACAUAUUAGGAAAACGCUAAUUAUGGCAUACAUAUAACAUUGCCAUACGUCCAGAAGUGAUAUUUCUUGCAUUGUGACAUCAAAAGAGCAGCAGUAGCAAAGUGCGGUGUAAUGUGUCCAUAUAAAAAUGCGUCACAUGAUUGAACCAGAGCAAUAGUGUUUGGCUUAGAAAAAAAAAUCGAAUUAACUGUUUCUGUCAUCGCCUCACUGAGUUCAUCGCCUACUGAGUUAAAAAAAAGAAGAGAAAAAAGUUAACGUGUGAAAAAAGCAGCAACCGUUCCGGCCCUCUUCUUUCCGGACUAAUACGUGACACCAGUUCGCUGUAUUAGUGUGCAUGUUUUAAAAAAGAAAAAAAAAGUUUUGGUGAUAAAACAAACAACGCCCCUCAUCGUGAAUCAUCGUGUUCGUUGUCUAGUGUGUGUGUCAAGCAGAAAUAUUGGAAAACAAUACGAGCAACACCCUCACCGUGGAUCAUCGAGUUCGUCGCUUUUGUGUGCUUAAAAAAAAAUUGGUGACAAUCGCGUUCGUUGUCUAUUGUGUGUGUCAGGCAGAGGUUUUGGGUAACAAUACAAGUUACACCCUUACCGAGGAUCAUCGAGUUCGUUGCUUUUGUGUGCAUCAGGCUAGAGUUGUGGUGACAAAACAAACAACGCCCCUCAUCGUGAAUCAUCGUGUUCGUUGUCUAGUGUGUGUGUCAAGCAGAAAUUUUGGAAAACAAUACGAGUGUAAUAUCCUGGAGAUUUGACCCCUGAUAAGACCAUAGUGCUCAAUAUGCCGGAUCAGUAUAUGACCAUCACCGUGACAACUGUGCGAUAAUCUGAAUGUCAAAAUAAAGAUCAUUCGUUUACGGAUCGUUGUACUGACAACACCUUCAGCCUUCUGUUUAUUCUUCUACUUUGCGAUUUUGUGCCUUUGUUAUAACUUGAACGUUUAAUUCAAAUUGGUAAAAUUCGAGGUUUUACACGAGCAACACCCUCACCGUGGAUCAUCGAGUUCGUCGCUAUUGUGUGCAUAAAAAAAAAAAUUGGUGACAAUCGCGUUCGUUGUCUAUUGUGUGUGUCAGGCAGAGGUUUUGGGUAACAAUACAAGUUACACCCUUACCGAGGAUCAUCGAGUUCGUCGCUUUUGUGUGCAUCAGGCUAGAGUUGUGGUGACAAAACAAACAACGCCCCUCAUCGUGGAUCAUCGUGUUCGUUAUCUAUUGUGUGUGUGUCAGGCAGAAAUUUUGGACGACAAUACGAGCAACACCCUCACCGUGGAUCAUCGAGUUCGUCGCUUUUGUGUGCAACAGGCAAACAUUUUGGUGACAAUCGUGUCUUUGUUUAUUGUGUGUGCCAGGCAGAAAUUUUGGGCGACAAUACAAGCAACACCGUGGAUCAUCGAGUUCAUCGCUUUUGUGUGCAGCAGGCUAAAACUUUGGUGACAAGACAAGCAACCCCCGCAACGUCGAUCAUCAAAUCAUCACUUUAGUGUGUGUACAGUUACGCGAAAAUUCCUAAGCGAGCAGCCUAUCUCGCCUUUGUCUACCGACAACCUAAAGAAGAAAGUAACCCGCAGCGCUGUGAAUGAGCGGAAAAGUGCGAUCAGAAACAAAACAACAAAACCGAAGAGAACCCUCCUUGUCUAUUUGAUGAAUACAUCUUGCAAGAAGAAUACGUCAGUGAUUGGGUUACUAUCGAUGCAUUCGACGAUACGGAAGUAUAUGAAGAGGUCAACGAAGAUUACGAUGAAGCCGAGGAAACUAUGCACAGUACACAAGAGUCUCAACACGAGGAGGAACCUUUUGAUGAGCGUAUUCGAAAUUGGGCAUUAAAAACAUACCAAACACAUCAAGCUCUAAAUGGACUAUUAGAAAUUUUACGUAAAAAAACGGACUACCAGCUGCCGAAAGAUGCGCGCACGUUGCUUAAGACAAGGCAAUGUGGAAAAGAAAUGUACCCUAUAGCAGGGGGAGAAUUUUGGUUCCCUGGGGUACGAUCGGGUCUCAAGGAUCACUUUCGCGAUGUGCCACCAAGAGUCAGCAAAUUUUCGUUGAACUUUUCGAUUGAUGGACUUCCACUGCACAAGAGCACUCGAAAACAGUUUUGGCCCAUAUUAAUGAGCAUUCAAGAAAUGCCGGAAGUUCCAGUAUUGAUGGUUGGCAACUUUUUUGGUGAAUCGAAACCAAAGAGUGUUGAGGAAUAUCUGCGUCCGCUUGUCGACGAGCUAAAUGGGUUGAUGGAUAAUGGCAUUGUAAUAGCCAAUCAGCCAAUCGAAAUACACGUAAGAGCUUUCAUCGCGGACUCACCAGCACGAGCAUUCAUAAAAGGUUCAGUUUACUUCAACCACACACAUGGUUGCCAAAAAUGUACGGUACAAGGAAGAUAUCACAGCGCACACCGAGUUACAUGUUUCCCGGGAAUGGAUCAUCCAGCAAGAACGCAUGAAGAUUUCGUCCAAUCAAAUUACGGAGCACAUCAUCGGGAAAAAACGCUUCUCAUGGAUCUUAAGAACUUUGACAUCAUAAAGCAGAUUAUUAUAGCAGAUCGUUUGCACCUCUUUGACUACGGCGUAACAAGAACAAUGCUGAAAGGAUGGAAAUCAGGCAAAUUAGGAGGGAGUGCCAAGUGGUCUGAAGAAACAAUAAGCAAGAUUGAUGCUUUGCUGAAGGAGGGGGAACUUCCUUUAGAGUUUCAUCGCAAACUCCGUUCUGUUGAAGACAUUGGAUUGUGGAAAGCUAGUGAGUUCCAAAUGUUUCUGCAUUACGCGAGCUUUAUCGUUUUGAAGGAUGUAUUAACAGAUGUACAGUAUGACCAUUUUAUGAAGUAUUACUGUGCGGUAACAUUGUUAUCAUCCGAAGUGUAUAAGAAUGAUUGGCUUGAGGCGAAACGCUUGCUAAGAGAGUUCGUUUUAGAAUAUGGUGUUAUCUACGGCGAACAUUGCAUCACCAGCAACAUACAUAGUUUGUUGCAUGUGUAUGAUGAUGUAGACAAAUUCGGCCCGCUUUACACCAUUUCAUCUUAUCCCUUUGAAAGUAAGCUCCAGCAUGUCAAGAACUGUCUUCGAAACGGUCAUAAGGUUUUGGUGCAGGCUGCAAAUAGGAUAUCGGAGCAUAAACCACGUAAUGCGUCAUCAAGUACAGCAAAGGGGCCGUUCAUAAAUUACGUAACGCUGAAAUUGGGAUUUUUCGACCCCCUCCCCCCCUAUCGUAACAAAACGUAA